AUGGGAGUGGGGACAAGGCCAGUGGGUGCUGUUGGCAUCGUGACAGUCAUUAGCAAGGGCUGCCGCUCACACUGUGUGGAGGACUCGCAGAACUACUACACAGACAAGAAGAACAUCACGUGUUGCUCCACUGACCUGUGCAACGCCAACAGGGCCCACGCCCUGCAGCCAGCUGCUGUCACACUCACACUGCUCACCGCUCCCGGUGGCCUGCUGCUCCGGGGCCCCAGCAGGCUGUAGGAUCCGGGAGGACCCCACUGUGACCCACACGGGCUCUCGGUGCCCAGGGGCCCUGGAGCACUCUUUGCACACACCUGGCCCAGUUGAGGCCCCUCCUAGACCCUAACUCAGGUGGCCCAUGCCCCUCUGCCUUUUCCAG